AUGGAUCCCGUAUCUGACAAGCAUGAUGCCCUACCUCCAGGUGCCUGGGAUACGCAUGUUCACGUAUUUGACACCUCAAUUGGGCCAUUUGCACCUUCAAGGGCCUACACUCCAGCCCAAGCUUCCCUUUCUCAGCUGGUAGAUUUUGGCCGGAGCAUUACUCAGGCAUCAGAGGCGCCGUCUUUUGUCAUGGUGCAGCCAUCUCCGUAUGGCACAGAUAACACCGUAUUAUUGAGCACCUUGAGAUCCCUCCAAGCACUGGGUCAUAAGGGGCGUGGAAUCGCUGUCGUAGAUGUGCAGACCGUCACAGAUGCCGAACUGCAAGAGAUGCAUCAUUUGGGAGUUCGCGGUCUUCGGUUAAAUUUCCAGGCUGACGGAAAGAGCGUUGAUACAGUCGCCUUCAACAAAAGUCUCGUGGCUGCCGCUGAGCGCAUUGCCCAUAUGCCUGGUUGGGCGAUUCAGGUGUUCAUCCCGGGAUACAUUUGGGAUGAAAUUUUCGACAGUGUUCUUGCUCUACCAGUGCCAGUUAUUGCUGAUCACAUUGGCGGACUCAGAGGCCCAUCAAAGCUCCUAGAAGGGGCAAAUGUAGACCACUCUCAGCAGCCUGGCUACAAGUCGCUGACAGAACUUGCGCGCAAGAAGAAAGUCAUUAUAAAGAUUUCUGGUCUAUAUCGAGCAUCAACACAAAAGGAGACUUCCCACAAUGAUCUUGCACCUCUUGUUCGCUCCCUUGCUUCGGAGGUUCCGGAUCAGUUGGUAUGGGCCAGCGAUUGGCCACAUACUGGCGAAGGGAAAGAUAGGGAAGCCAAUGGAAUUGACAAGGUCGAGCCGUUUAGACAUGUGGAUAAUAGAACACUGCUUGCAUCGCUGAAAAGCUGGAUGAACAGCGAGACAGCAUGGGUAAAGAUGCUGGUAGAUAACCCUGCUCGCAUUUACGAAUAG